AGCGUCUGUCGGGGGAAAACAGUUGACAGGAGCGAGAAGUAGGCCGAGCAGGAUAAACAAAGCAAAUAUAUGAAAAAUAGCUUAGACGGCUUUAAUAUUUGUCAUUAUUUUUAAUGUUUAAAAUAAGUAGUGUUUUUCUUAAGUUGUGUUGGGUCUGUUAAGGCGGAAAGUUUGUCGAAAAGAGAGGGCGUACACCUGUCGAACCGAAAUAGGUUAACGAAGCUAACCUGCGUUAGCACGUUAGCGUGCUAGCUGGCUGUUUGAACCCGAACAGGUGUGCCAGGUGGCCCGCCAGGCAGCCAUGUCCUCCCCUUCUUCGUCGUCCAGGCGCCAGUGGUGCUACUUGUGCGACCUGCCGAAGAUGCCAUGGACCGUGGUGUGGGACUUCAGCGAGGUGGUCUGCCGCGGUUGCGUUAACUACGAGGGGGCUAACCAGAUCGAGUUCCUGAUAGCAAGCGCCCGCCAGCUGAAGCGGAGUCACGGCAUGCAGGACGGCAACGUGAGGUCGCCCGGCCCCUCUCCCAACAAACACGGCUCCUUAGCAAGAGCAGAGCCGGGGCCGGACGGCGGAAGGCAGCACGCGGAGCGCUAUGAGCGGGGAGGGAGAGGGGACGGCGGCGGGACGGCCAUACGCGUGCCGCCCAAUGGGCUCCACCGCGACGGACAGCCACCCCAAGAGGUGAACCGCCAGAGCCCCAGCAGCCGGAGACCCAUGAUCGGAGCCGCCAUCCCGCCCAAUCUGGUGUCUCAAAGCAUUGCGGGAAUGCCUGGGCUGCUUGCGGGCAUGCCAGCGGGUCUGACCGCCAGGACAGCACCGAUGACCAGCCCGAUGAUCUUCCCGGCGCCGGUGCUGGCUGAGAUGAGCCGCAGACAGCUGGGGAUCGGGAUCUCCUCCUUCAUCACUCCGGAGCUGGAGCGGGAGCUCAUUUCCUCCCAGGCCAAGUCCCAGACUCAGACUCAGGCUGGCACCAGCGGUAGCAAGAGCACAAGCUUGUCUUCUUCGUCUUUUUCCAUGGCUGGAGGCGUGAGCCAGACGAGCCCGAAGCCCGCUUCAUCCCCGGCCAGGCAGCAACGCCCCCCGACGGCCCGCUCCGGAGCCGAGCCUCUGGGAUCCGCGGAGGCAGCCACGACUGCUGCGGCUUUACCCAACAACGGUGCCUCCGAGCUGGGGUCGGCAUCUGUCAGCAACACCCAUCCGACCGGAAACACGCUGUCCUGCACGCUGUGCCAUGAGCGGCUGGAGGACACACACUUUGUCCAGUGUCCAUCAGUGCCUGGGCACAGGUUCUGCUUCCCCUGCACCAGAGUGUACAUCCAGAGCCGGCGGGGCGACGGCGAGGUGUACUGCCCCAGCGGAGAGCGCUGCCCGCUGGAUAACUCCCCCAACAGCCCGCCCUGGGCCUUCAUGCAGGGAGAGGUCUCCACCAUCCUGGGCGUCGUUCCGGCUCCAGCGGGAUCCGCGUCGGCAUCCGGAGCCAGUUCGGGGUCAGGAGCUGCUCCGGCGUCUGGAUCAGGGAGCGGAGCAGCAGGCAGCACAGGUGGAGGUGGAUCAGGAGGAGGAGGAGACGUCACUGUUAAGAAAGAGAGAGAGACGUGAUGGUGACGCGGACCGAACAGCAGCAGCAGAUUUGGAUUCAGUACAAUAAGAGAUGUCUACACUGGACUGCUGAAGGACCCAGAAAAGAAACACAACAACCAACAAAACCAGAAAUCCUCCACUACACAGGUUCCAACUCCUUCUAACUUCAGUUUAAACAUCACCGUAACAGUUCAGAAGCUUCUGUUUUUCUUCAUAAUUUCCCUUUAAAGAUCAUUUUUCUCACCUGAAAAAGACUCGAUAUAUUAGUUGUCCUCAUUUAAAACGAAUGUAAAUUACAUUUCUACUCACCGAGUCAACAGGUCAACAUCUAAAUAUUGGUUAUAAUUUAAUUUUUGCUGCAUCCUCAGUGAUACAAAGGUGCUAAACAUCAUAUUAGAAAAGCACGACAACAUGUGAUUUAUGUCUCCAUGGCCUCAUGCAAAACAAUCCAAGUGCUUGGCUUUGUUUCUGUUUGAUAAACUCAACUAAAAAAGGCUCAUCUGAUCACACCAACACAGCAGCUGACAUCCAGAUUUCUAGUUCCUCUCUGGCCGAAAAUAAAUUAGUUCAGUAAUGUUUAGUUAGAUAAAACUCUUCGCCUUCUAACCCAACCGUUUUUCUUCUCUACACAACUGAAUUUUAUAACUGAAUGUCCCCUAGAAACAAAAAUUAGUUCACAGAAACACAACAAAGCUAAAAAUAAUUGUGCAUUUCAGAGAAAUGUAUCAAUUUUCAUAGUUUUGCAGUAGAAAACAGGACAGAAAAAUGGAUGAAGCUUAACGUUUUAAUCUUUGAUUAAUCUCCAAAUGAUAAAAACCAUGAAAACAAAUUACUCUUACUGCUUUGAAGGUGGAAGAAACAACUAUUUCUGAAUUAACUUUUAAUAUUUGUGUCAGAGAGACCAGAAACGUCAACUUUAUCUUGCCCUACGGUUCUAGCAUGUCGCUACUCAUGCAGAGGAAAUUUAAUAUUUUUCUUAAUCUCUUGAGCAAAACAAAGUUAAAUGCUAAUUAAAACACCAACAGCUCACAUUGUCCUUCAACGGUAAUUAAACAGAAAUGCUUUUGCACCAAGACGCAGCAAUAUAUUGUCUAAAAGAGGCUCAAAAUUCCCUUUUCUGAUCAGUUAGUGAUCAGAAAUACCACGUGGUUGUGCUGACAACACUCUUCAGUGUGGAAGUUAUCAUAGCAGGAAACCCAGAGAGCUGGACUUUGGUAUUUUGUUUCCCGUCUUUGAAACAUUUCAUUGCAUUGAAGAAGAAGAAGCAGAAACUCCAGAGGCUAAAUUCAUAAAUUAUCAAACAGGUUGAUUAUAUUGGAGCGAAGUUGCUCUGUUUUAUACAUUAAAACUGCCUUUUGUCUGAUUUCAAAAGGGCUGGAAGCCUUUUGGAAAUGUAGCUAUAAACGUUUUGUAGGGAAUCCUACAUGCUAAUAGCUAAAGUAAAAAUAAUUUAAAAUGGCAGAAAUCAAACGACUAAAACAGUGUUUUACAGUGACCGCUCUCUCCUGCACUCUGUCGGAUGUUACCUUUGCUCCAUUUUUUAACGCUGUUAACUGAAGUCGGUGUAAUACGGAGCCCCAUACAGGACAUGGGGGGAGUUUUGGGAUUUUUUUAUGUUCUCCCGCAAUAAAUUGGCUGAGAAAUCUGAAACUGAUGCCACAUUGGCAGGUAACCAGCCACAUUUUUGUUUUUAUUUUCUUUACGCCAGCUUUACGUUAGCGCUCUGCUGAAAAAACCUGAGUGAAGUCCCCCCGCCCCCACCUUCUUCAAAUUUGACAAAAUUGGUGUCAAACAUUUGUGCAGCAAACAUUUUCAUUUGUGCCGUUAUUAUUUCAGAUGAUAAAAAUAAGUUUCCUGAGGUCGUCAUCAAUAUCCUCAAAGCAAAAGCAGCACAAACAAAACAUUUUACUGAGCUGUUUGACACCAAAUUUGUUUGAUUUUGUAAAUGUAGUGAAUAACAGCGGCCCAAACAAAACAUUUUUGUUACACAAAGGCAGCACAAACAUAUAACACAAAUUUUGAUAGAUUUGGGAAACGUGGUUGACCUUUUGACCUUUAAACUUUCAUUUAAAAAAGCAGCACAAAUAAAAAGGUUUGCUGCACUAACAUUAGACACUAAUUUUGCUAUUGUUUAAAAAAGUUAGUGGGUGGCUGGUUGUCCUUUCACAACUUAUCACAACUUGUCCUUAAAAUGACAGCGGCACAAAGUAACAUUUUUGCUGCACAACAUAGCUGAGUUGAUUGGUAAAAAAAUUAUUUGAUUUGUAAAUGUAAUAUCUUUAAAUUACAAGCAGCACAAAUAAAAAUUUUUACUCCACAAACAUUUGACACAAAUUUUGUUAUAUUUUUGUAAUUGAUGUUUUGUAAACAAAAGCAGCACAAACUAAUUUUUUGCUGCACAAAUGUAGUCGAGUUGAUUGACACCAAUUUUUUUGAAGAAGUUGCGGCAGCUGUUUGACCUUUAAUGACCUCUGAAAACAUUUGUUAAUAUCUUUAAGAUGAUUGGCAGGUAACCGGCUGCCACAUUUUCCCAGUUUUUUUUUCUCUUUACGUCAGCUUUACGUGACUCUUCGUGAAACCGGAAAAGGAGACCGUUGGUGCGGCAAACUCGACUUUAACGUUGCUUUAUGUUCACAUCCAGCCCAGCCUACGCUUUACCCCGAAUGUAUAUUUUAAAAGAUAUCUAUUGAUAGGCCUAGGAUUAUAUUUUAUACUAGAAUGUUAAAUGUUAUAUACGGUAAAGACCUGUUAUAGUAUGUAUGUGCAAUCCCUUAGUCUUAGUAUAUGCAACAGUUUGAAAUAUGGUAUGAAAUAUAAUUGCGUAUCUUUUUUUUUACUUUUUUUUUUUAAGGGAGAAUCCACCUGAAAAAAUUGAUUCAUAAAGUUUUGUUUUCCCACAUAUGAUGAAUGUAUUUGUUCAUUUGCCAGAUUUAAUUUUAUGAAUUAAAAUGUUUGAAACGAAAGUGGGCAGGGCGAACGUUGGAACUGAGUUUGUGUUUUGGGUCGAUUCUCCCUUCCUGUGCACGAUGCACGCACAAACCAAAGGUCGUGUUCAGCCCAACUUGAUGUUUCUGGAUGUAAAUGUUUAAUAAAAAAAUAUAUUUGGUUGUUUGUUGAUCAGGAUUCCCCUGUGAUGGAGUGUUAGGGUCAUUUUAGGUGACAGAAAACAAUAAAUCUUGGUUAAAAAAAAAA